AUGGUCGAUGAGCAACCGAACAAUAUCCAAGUCAUCGUUGGCCAUUGCAACGUGGAGGGCUGUUCUUUCGCGCCUCGUGGAUCGACCAUUCACCUCGGCCCUUUGCCCCAGAAGCCAUCGGCAGAUUUGGUAAUGGCAUCUUUGAUACCCGCAUCCAAUAUGUUGUCAUCAGAGGGGAAUUUAGAAGGCAACCAAGCAUCGGGCUUGGCCCUUUCGAGCAAGAUCCAAGCGUUGGUACACCGCCUAAAUCACAUGAAGCAUGGAUCCAAGAGACCGGCGCUGUCGGCCGCAAACUACGUGCACAUCGUCGAGCCGCAGUGGAAUCCCUCGGUCGAGGAGCAAGCGAUCGCCGGGGCAGUCAGAAUGGGCCAGACACGGGCCGUCACCAUCAUCAGAUAUGUGGUCAAGAACUCGGUUGAGGAAGUCAGUUGA